GCAGCUGCUGUUAAUAACAGACUGUCUUAGCAGUCUGAGCCACCAGAGGCCCAAAUAUAUAUUUUUUAAAAUAUAUAGAUAUAUAUAUAUUUAACAAUUCAUAUUAGUUAGUGGUCCUCGGGAUUUAAAAUGAUGAAUUUCGUGGUUCCCCGAGGUCCGAAAGGUCGGUGACCCCUUGCUCCAGAGCUCUGAGAUUUACAGUUCUUAGAAUUCCCAACCAAUAGAAAGCUCUUGGCUGGGGAUGUUUGGAUUUGUAGUCUUAAACCCAGUGGUGGGAUUCAGCCAGUUCGCACCACUUCGGGAGAACCGGUUGUUAACUUUCUGAGCAGUUUGGUGAACUGGUUGUUGGAAGAAAUCAUUAGGGCAGAGAACCAGUUGUUAAAUUAUUUGAAUCCCACCACUGCUUAAACCCCUCUGGAGGUGUCAGGGCUCUUGGGGGUGGGGGGUAGAGACUUGUCGAGCCGGUCGAGCCGGUCAAACUCCUUCCUUCGUGGUCAGUUGGGAAGAUUCUGUUAGGCGGGAUGUUGUUUUUUCUUUCCCCCAUUCUUUUGCUUGCAUCCGUCCUUCGAGAUUUUUCUUUGUUUUAUAGCAAUUUUUUUUCUACAAAGGUCUUCCCAAUUGGUUUGAUGUGUGCGAGCCGGUGAUAUUGCCACGCUAAUAAAAGAUCUUGAAUUAAAUUGGUGCUCCGUAUUAAAAACAAAAACAAAAAACAAAAUUAAAGGCUACUGCUUCAAAGGCUGUGUUUGAACCUUCCUUCAGAGCCACUUUUUGUAGUUUCAUAAAAGGAUUUCAGCUUCUCAUACAUUUUGCAUACAUCCGAUACUCGUCCUUCCCUCUCCUCUUCUGCCUUGAAAGCAAAAGCACUGGUUUUAAAAUCCUGUGGCAUUAUCCCACCAUUUAGCCUCAAUUGAAUGAUCAUCUAGUAGGAAUGUAGCUAAUUAGAUUUAGGUAUCUCAGGCUAUAAAUGCCAAUGAAAGAAUUGGAAACCUGGGAUUCUCCACUGUAUUGUCUGGAUUUUUAUUUUAUUUUGUAAUAUUCUGACAUAGGAAGUCAUUGCUGCCAAAUUCCAGUCCACCUAAGUUGUUUGAAGUGCAGUAUUACUAGAAUCUUUCACUAUAUUAAUCAAAAUGUUAUUGAUUUGAUUUAUAUUCUGCCUCGCAUUUAGUAGCUCAAGGCAAUAGACACAGUAUUCCCUCUACCUAUUUUCCUGUGAGGUAGGUUGGGCUCAGAGAAAGAGACUUCCCCAAGUCCCCUAGUGACUAUUUGAAAGUGAACUUGGCUCCUGAUCCAAUAUAGCCACCAUCGUGUUAUGCUACCUCUCUAAACUGAAGACAAUCUAUAAAUUGCAGCUGGCCAAGAAUGAUGGCAUGAAUAAUGAUAGAGUUAGAGUUUAAACAGCUUGUUCCUUACUGAUUGCUUUCCAAGCUAAUUCAAGAUGUUCUAUUUUUGGUGUGCAAAGCUUUCUAUCAUGGUUGAAGGCCCUGAAGGUAGUUUGCCCUAAAUUAUGAAAGGAAAGGCUUUGUGAACCAGUUUGGUAUGCUAGUUAAAAGCACCCAAACCAGGAUACAUUUCUAGUUCUGCUUUAAGCUCAAAGCCAGCUGGCCCCCAGGGGAAGAUCCUUCUCUCUGGGGGCUCCUACCCUCUGGAACGAACUUCCCCCUGGCUUGCGCCAAGUGCCUGAUCUUUGGACCUUUCGCCGCGAGUUGAAAAUAUUACUGCCAUGAAUGUUUUCAGUUAGCAUGAGGAGAGAAUUCAUAAGGAAGACGCAAGGGCUCAAUUGACAGUUGUUCUGAUGAACGAUGCUGCGCACUGGCACAUGGGAACAUCAGCAAUCCUCACCUGUAAUAAUAGAGCAGAAGAGCAGCUAAGAAGAGUGUUCGGGCUGGCAAGACGAAAAAUUGUCUCCAAACCCUUUCCCUUUUAAACCAUCUGUUAGACUGGCAAGAACCUGGUAUAAUGGAAGAAGGCAGUAACAUCAUUACACUAAUCUCAAAUCUGAGGGAACAGGAAGCCGUCCUGAUUUCCGAAGCCAUCGUAAGCUCAUCGGCCGAGAACGCCGAUGACCCGCUCAAGUGCAAACCCGAUCCCCUCAUCCAGGUCAUUCAAAAGCUCAGCAAAAUCGUCGAAAGCGAAAAGUCGCAGAAAUGCGUUUUAAUCGGGAAGAAACGCUUGUACCCCGACACCGCCAGCCUUCCAGAGGUCCCAUCCAAAGCCCUGGAACUGCCUGCUCUGGGCACCAUCAAUAUCGAAGACUAUUACACGAUGGACGAUCCUCCUCAGAGCAAACGGAAGGUCCUUUGCUACGAGUGUAGCCUCUGCAAGUCCGUGUCGCCCACCCUUCCUCUCUUACAAGAGCACAUCAAGCAACACGGCCAGCAGAACGAGGUCAUGCUCAUGUGCUCCGUCUGCAGUUUCACCACCCGGAGCGUAGAAGAUUUUGAAAGCCACAUUCGAAGUCACCCAGAGAACAGCAGCAAAAUCCAUGCCCUUUUGAAGGAAGAGCAUUGCACUGGUGUGUCCGGUACCGCUUUGCCUGGGCCGGUAGAAAAAGUCAUCGUCGGCACCGAUCAUGAGAUGCAGCCUCCCCAGGGGCCUGAGAAGGGGAGGCGGAAAUGGUACACUUACGAGCAGUACGGCAUGUACCGAUGCUUGAUUUGCAGCUAUACGUGCGGACAGCAGCGAAUGUUGAAAACGCACGCUUGGAAGCACGCGGGCGAGGUGAAUUGCUCUUAUCCCAUCUUCGAGGAAGAAAAAGAGCAAGCCGCCUUGUCGGAUUCUGCCGUGUUGGAUACUGUCGUCCUGUCCCUAGACAAUAACGAAGCGGGACUCUGCAACAGCCAGCCUGUACAACUUCGCAUUUGCAGCCCCGAGCCGAUGGCUUUCAAAACUGAAGAACCCGUCAAAGAAGAAUCGGCCCUCAGCCAGCCAGCUGCGCUUUCCCCUGCAGACAAAUUAUUAGAGGAGAACACGUCGCCUGAAGAUCUUGAGCCAGAUCAUUUGGGGGCUGACAGCUUGCUUUCUUCGGCCCAGAAAAUCGUUCACUGCAGCCCGAACAAAAAGGGCCACGUUAACGUCAUUGUGGAACGCCUGCCCGGCGCCGGAGAGCCUGUUUUGCAGAGUGAAGUCAUGGAUAACGUCUUGCAUUACUCCGUGGACGCCGCCCCUGAACACCCUCCGGCUGGGCGAGAUGCGUCAGAUGAUGUUUAUCACAUGGAUAAGAAUUCGAUUGAAAUCGAAGAAGUUAUCAUCGGGUGGAGCAGCACGGAAAAGGCUGAAGAGAACAUGAAUCCCAGCCGGGCUAAAACAGCCGAUGAAAAUGCUCCACCUGCCCGGAGGAGAACCAAUUCAGAGUCUUUGAGGCUGCACUCGCUAGCCGCUGAAGCCCUGGUUACUAUGCCAAUCCGAGCCGCGGAGCUUGCCCGGUCCAGUUUCCGGGCUUUCGCCGAUGUAAAUCCUUUAAAUUCGGAAGCUGGGCAGAGGCCUCCCGACGGUGGCUAUGUAGGCCAUUCUAAACGGCUCACCUCCCUGAAGACGGAGGAACUGACUAGCCUGAACCAAGAGGAACGAGCUUUCGUGGAGCUGCAGAAGGACAAGCCGGAGCUCCCCGAGGGCCCCAUUAAAAUGGGCAUCAGCAUGUCGCUGCUGACCGUGAUUGAGAAAUUGAAAGAGAGGACAGACCAAAAUGCCUCCGACGAUGACAUUUUGAAAGAGCUGCAAGAUAACGUUCAGUGCCAACCUUCAGGGGAUGCCGGCGUGUUGGGGAGCAGUCUGGUGGAAUACAUCCCCGACGCGGAACGGCCCUUCCGGUGCCGCUUGUGCCACUACAGCAGCGGCAACAAAGGGUACAUCAAGCAACACUUGCGGGUACAUCGGCAGAGGCAGCCUUACCAGUGUCCGAUUUGUGAGCACGUCGCCGACCACAGCAAGGAUUUAGAAAGUCACAUGAUCAACCAUUGCAAAACCCGAAUGUACCAGUGUAAGCAGUGUGAGGAAUCCUUUCAUUACAAGAGUCAGCUGCGCAGUCACGAAAGAGAACAGCACUGUCUGCCAGAUACAUAUGCAACCCCGGCGUUUGACGGCUUAAUGGCUUGCAGUGAAGCAGAUGAAAGAGUUGGGGACAAGAUUUCGGUCCAGAAAGUUUACCGUUGCGACAUUUGCGAUUACACAAGCACAACGUACGUUGGAGUGAGGAAUCACAGACGGAUUCACAACUCGGAUAAGCCAUACAGAUGCCGUGUCUGCGAUUUCGCCACCACAAGUAUGAAUAGCUUGAAGUGUCACAUGAGACGCCAUCCACAAGAGCAUCAGGCAGUGCAGUUAAUGGAGCAGUUCAAAUGUUCUCUCUGCGGAUAUGUAUGCAGCCACCCUCCUUCCCUGAAGUCUCAUAUGUGGAAACAUGCAAGUGACGAAAACUAUAAUUAUGAACAAGUGAAUAAAGCUAUUAACGAUGCCAUUUCACAAAGCGGCAGGCUACUGGGUCAUCCUACUGGGAAGAAAGUAACCAAAACUUCGGAAGGCGAUGCCGUUCCUUUUACCAGUAGCUCGGAAAGCUUGUCUUUUUCAAACUCUCCUAAGCCGACAGCAAGCAAAAUAAUGAGUUCUGACCACCAUCAGGAUCAAGUUCCUACAACCAAUACCUCAAGCAGUUCAGAGAAGCCCGCAGGGCUGUCCUACUUGGGCUCCGAAUACUGCGUCCUGCUCUUCUGCUGUUGUAUCUGUGGAUUUGAGUCCACCAGCAAGGAGAAUUUAUUGGACCACAUGAAAGACCACGAAGGGGAAAUCAUCAACAUCAUUCUCAAUAAGGACCACGCAGCAACUCAGAGCGUCAACUAAAUCAGUGUUUCUCCACCAUGGCAACUGGGAAGAUGCGUGGGCUUCCAACUCCCAGAAUUCCCCCAAUCAGCCAAUGCUGGCUGGGGAUUUCUGGGAGUUGAAGUCCAGGCGUCUUCAAAUUGCCCAAGUGGAAAUACAUUGAACUCGACAAGGUUCCCUUCGCUCCGGAUCUCCAACUUUGCCUGCAAGACUUGCUAAAUCAAAGAAUUUAGGAAUAAGCAUGUUUGUACGUGUACAUAUUUAUGUGCUCAAAGUGCUUUUCUUCAGGAAGUCUUCGUUCCUGCCUUCAUCCGAAGCCUCCCUUAUCCGCAAAAGAGCAGAUUAUUUUACAAGCUUUUGAAGAAAGCCUGAUACGAAUAAUGCUGCUGUUUACAGUAAAAAAAACAAAACUAUUUUUAAUGCCUAUUAUUAAUCCAAAUGAUAGUGGCAUAGAGAAUUCACCAUGAGGAAUUUACAAAAAAAAAGGGAUUUAACCUUUCUACCUAAAAAUGCAUCCAGAGGGCAUAAAAACUGCUUCAGGUAAGUUUUAAAGAAAACCAUCUUGAUACGACCCUAAAGCAGCCAUUUCGGAGAACGAAAGCUUUUGUUGGUUCUUCGGCUUCCCUUCGCAACCGAUUGUUUCCCAGGCAAAAACUCUUUUUGCUACAUCCAGCAACAUAAAGUAUAGGUUCUGCCUCUUGGUAAAAACAUUUGGCUGAUUAAUUCUUUUCUUUGAUGCGAUAGAAAAGCAAAUAUAUCAUUGGACUUCCUUUAGCAAAGUUUUUUCCGUUCUACCUGUACAUCGGUUAAGCAGAUAUUUAUUAGUAUUUCAUUUCAGCGUGCUUAAGCAUGCAUCAUUUUUGAAGGGCCACAAGAUACAAGGUAAUCCAACUCCGAAGCAGUGCAAUCAAAGGGAUCUAUUUAUCUAUCUAUCUUAUCUCUCCCUUUCUCUCUCCCUCUCUGCUCCCCCCCCUCUCUCUCUCUCAUCAAAUAACAUUGUGCAAAAUCUCUAUACAAAAGUCCAUUGCAACUCCAAUUAAAAAAAUACCCUGCUGAAAACAAAACAGGCCCAUUCCAGUGUCGGGCAGCUUUUAAUCUGACAGAGGGAUUGUUCUGUCAAAGUGAAAACAAAGAUUAAUUUCACUCCUUGCCCCUCCUUUCUCAUCUCUGGGGGGGGGAAAAACUCAGGAAGAUAAAAGGCAUCACAAAGAUAAAAGGUUUUGUGUGUUUUUAGCUGAGCUCUGCUGUUCUUUCUGACAACUAUUGGGAUUUGGCAGGUGUUACAACCUCUUCCGUCCCUUAUGCCAGAGGUCUCCAUUCUUGCCAACUUUUAAGACAUACGGACUACAACUUCCAGAAUUCCUCAACCAGCCAUGUUGGCCUGGGAAUUCUGGGAGUUGAAGUCCACAAGUCUUGAAAAUGGCCAAGUUUGGAGGCCCGUCUUAUGCUGUGGAUUUCUUUCUCCACCAGUGAAUUCCGUGCUACUUAACAAGAGUCUCUUCUCAGUACUACAAAACCCAUGUUAUUCUUUGUAUGAAAUGUCGUUGGGGGCUUCCUUUGAACAGUUCUCUCAGCUCACGUCACGCCUACUGGAUUUCCUUUCACUCAAAGUAGCUGGUUGCUUACAAGUGGCUUUAUAUGCGAUUUUGAAUUAUUUUGCAAGACUUGCGAGAUACCUUCCUCUUGUCUAUUUAUUGAUCUAUUUAUAUUUGUGUUUGAGCAGAGUUUAAAACCUCACAGUUUUUACGGUGCUACCCUCACCCCAAAUAUUUCCGAAGUGUGAAGUUAGGCAAAUGGAAAACUUUUGUGUAAAUAGUUUCCAAGCUUCAAAUGCUGAAUGGGGAAUAGUUCUUGAAAGCAUUUUAUAUCACCCAAUGUAGGAGUCCUCCUUUUUGCAUUGUUUAAUACUGCAUAUUGUUUCUUUCUAAAUUAUAUGAAAAGAGAGUAUUGUAAUAGUCUGGGGGGGACAGAUUUCCCGCCUUUAAGACUUAUGGACUUCAACACCCAGAAUUCCCCAGCCACCAUGGCUGGCUGAGGAACUCUGGGAGUUGAAGUCCACAAGUCUUAAAAAUUGCCAAGUCUGGAGGCCCCUGUAUAGUCCAAAUUUGGGAAGAGCUUACUGGCUACAGUUACCUUACCUGGUACCCACUUUUGCCAAAAGAAAAAGAAAAAUCAGAAGAAAACGACAGCUUUUUCCCUUGCCCGAACUUUUACUUUUAAAUGAGAUACAACUUCGACCGCCAAACAAGUUACCCAUUUUUGAUUUACAGGAAUAUGUCAGGUUAGGAUUACGGUUAGAUAGGAUGUAGAAUGUGGCUGUUUCCAAGGUGUCCUUUAAGGCAGGGG